UGCACCAAUACCAAUCAAUCCAAUACCACAACAACAACCAGCACAACACAAUCGUCAACUGGUAGUGAAGGCAGCAUUGAAGAGUUCAAUGAGGAAGAACUCGCAGAUGUGCAAGAAGUUGAAGAAGAAUAUGACGAAGAACAACACAGCAAGCGUGAGAAGGAAGAAGAGCUACGAGUUGCACACAAAGAAAACGGCCAAGACCAAACUGAAGACGCCACUUGUGGCGCAGAAGUAAAUGCUUAUAACAAUGAAUUCAAUUUGAAUGAUGAUUUGCAGCCAAUAUCGCCAGCCGAUAGCGGCAACGGCAACGGCAACGGCUACAAUAACUACAACAGCAGCAAUGAAGCCUUGGAAGCAGCUAACACAAACGACGAUGAUUGUAACUGCGAUUCCCUUACGGCAAAUUAUAAUCUGGAUAAUUGCAAUGUCAACAACAAUGCCAAUAACAGCAAUAGCAGCAAUGCAAAUGCCAUUGCGAAUAUUUUGAAUGUAGAUACCGACACGAAUAACACAUUGCCCACGAACAACCCCCGCACAACCAGCAACAACACGUCCCCAUCCAAUUGUAGUGCCCUGAAUGUCAAUUCGACGCUUAAUCGCAAUCGGUUCAAUAAUUCGCAUUCACAUCUAAAUUCUAAUCAAAAUCAAAAUCUCAAUUCCAAUUCGAAUCCAAAUUUCUUAGCACAAAGCCGGAAUCAAAAUUUAAUGCAAAAUUCGAAUAUAAAUGCGAAUGUGAAUGUGAGCGCACUUCAAAAUCAAAUGCAUCCAAACAUUUCUUCGAGUCUAGAGAUAAUUCUUUCACCAAUUAUACAGAGUAGUCGACGAGCACAAUAGUCGGUGAAAUGAGUACGGAAUUAUGAGAAUUAGCCAAAUUCAAUAGGCGUCAAUAGCCGAAGGUGGAACAGCAAGUGCCAACAUCACCAGUUUUGGAGCAACAACAGCAACAAACUAAAAGAGCAGAUUAUUCACAACAACUACAAUGGCAACAAUAUCAACUAGAAUUACAACAGAUGCAUGAGCACCGACCACAGGCACCACCGCCGAGCGCAUUUUGCAAACAUUGGCUGCAGCAACAACAACAAAUACAACGCGAACAGCAAAAUUCAAAUUCACAUCAACUUAAGUAAGGAGCAUAUAUAGCAGGAGCAAGUGCAGCAGGAGCAGUGGCAGGCAGCUGCAACAAAUGCAACAAUGAACACAGCAGCUACACUACACAGUUUUAGCUUAAAUAUUUAUUAAGUGGUACGGCGACAAGCAUGUAGCAAAAAGACGAAAACCAUGAACAUGUAGCAAGCAGCAAGCGACAAGUGGCAAGCGUAGCAGCACCUGCAGCAAGCAAAAAGUGAAAAUUUACCAAAAAAAAAA